AUGGAACCAUUUGUUUAUGACGUCAACUUUGCAGGAGGCAUUGGAGAUGGAGAGAGUGAUGAUACAGAGAUUGAUGGUAUACUCAUUGCCCCAACUGAUCCAUCUUCAUGGAAAUGCAAUGAUACAAACUGUAACAAUUGGAUAACCUUUCAACAUUUUGAUGGCCUCAUCGUUCAAGGAAUCGGAAGCCUCCAUGGCCAAGGACAAAAAUGGUGGCAAAUGGGUUGCAUGCAUAAUAAUGUGGGUUUUGCCAUCUUAGACUCUAAGAAUGUGCAUAUUAGUGGCUUAACUUCCGUUGACAGUCGAAAAUGGCAUAUUUCAAUUGAAAGAUCUUCAUCCGUUCAUGCCUCUAAUCUCAACAUCAAAGCUCCAGAAGAUAGCCCCAACACUGAUGGCAUUCGUAUCCAACAUUCCACCAAUGUCACCAUAUCCUCCUCAACCAUUAAGACUGGUGAUGAUUGUAUAGGAAUUGGAGAUGGGUCAAAAUAUAUUAACAUUAAUCGGAUUCUUUGUGGUCCAGGUCAUGGAAUUAGUAUUGGAAGUCUUGGUGAAAAUGGAAGGAGGGAGACAGUUGAGAGAGCUAACUUUUGUACUACAGAGAAUGGUCUUAGAAUAAAGACAUGGGAGGACAUGGAUAUGCAAGAUAUAUAA